GCUUCUAUCCGCCGCUGCUUGUCACCGCARCAUUCAGUCUUAAACGAAAGCUUACGCGUUGUAGUGCGUUUUUUGCAAAGCACGCUUUGGUGAAAAAUAAAAGUUAUAAGAAAUUUGUAAAGGACUUUYCCCGAAGGAUACGCCAUAUAAACUAUAAUAAAUUGAAAAUUAGUGAAAAUGUUUAAGAUUUUAUUAAAUGCAACACUGUGUGUGGCCAUGUUUGGCUCUUUGGCUCACGCUCAAUGUCAACAACCUAAUGGCACACAAGCCGUCUCAGGCUCAUGUGACGCCUACAUYGAAUGCAAGAAUGGUGUGGCCGAAGAGAAGCUCUGCCCCGACGGUCUGUUGUAUAAUGAAAAAUCUUCCGGCUAUCCCUGCGGCUAUCCCAUCGAUGUAGAAUGCUCACAAGGCCAAGCACGUACACAGCCCGCACAACCAACCGACGAGUGUCCACAUCAAUUCGGUUACUAUGGCAUGGGUGAUGCACGUAACUGUGGCAAAUUCAAGAAUUGYGCUUCCGGUCGUGGUUUCGUUUUCGACUGUCCCGACGGUUUGGCUUGGAACAAAGAAACCUACAAAUGCGAUUGGCCCGAUCAAGUGCCUGACUGUGAUGCCGAAGCUUUCUUAGGCUUCAAGUGCCCACCACCAAAACCAUCGCCCAGAGGUCAAUUUAUCGGCGAACCCGAACAAGAAUAUGAAUUCUAUCCAUCGAGCGAGAAUUGUCAAGUGUAUUUCGUCUGUAUCGAGGGUCGUCCACGUCGUAUUGCUUGUGAUGAAGCGAGCGCUUUCAAUCCCGAAACACAAACUUGCGAUGAAAUCGACAAUGUGCCCACUUGCAGUGCAGAUGUCAAACAGCGCGGUCAGGAGAUUAAGAAUGCGCGUCUCUCAGCUCAGUCGGCGGCAUCAGCGAAGAGAAGAUACUAAGGAGAAAUACAGAGAAAGCUAUUACUUUAAUACUUUUUUUUUCUUUGUUUGUAAUACUCUAGUCCAUAGUGAAAAAAUGCGGUGAAUCUGUUUGGCUACAUUUGUAUGUAUAUUUUUAUUUUUGAAUAAAAACGAAUUGGAAAGAAAAGAAAA